AUGGCUAAAGGGAUAGGGGUCCAGCAGGCCGCACCGAGGCGAUGGACCAGCUCCUUCGCCGCACUGUCACUGCUGUGCCUGGCUGUUCAAGCAGGUAAGGAGGAAGGGCUGCUGGGAAAGAGCUUUGCUAGGUGAGCAGGUUGGGCUGAGGCGGCAGGAGGAACUGUGAAUUUAUUCAUUCAUUUUGCACCACACAGAGCGUGGCCCAGAGCCACAGAAAGUGGGGCAUGUUGCAGAACUUUAGCACCAGUGAAGACACUUUUAAGGUGCACUUUAACCAAACUGUAUCACCAAUGUAUUCUUUAUUGGACCCGAUGAGAAUUGAGCAGCAGGGAAUUUAAGGCUCUGGCCACUCCCUGGCUUUAACAUCCCAGGGUUGAGACAGGGUUCCAGAGCAAAUUAUUCCAUUCUGCUGAACUCCAGGUACAUGAAUGGUUUCCCCAAGGUUAUACAAGGUGUUUGGCUGGGAAAUAGAUGGCAGGUUUCCCAAGUCAUGGGCUUCUUCUCCAGUUCUUAGACCACCCUGUAAGACCUAACGGGUCUUGCUUAAGCCUGCAUAUAUUGAACAGGCAGCGCCCAGCCAGCGCUCAAUGAAACCUUGACCUUGAAGAUUCGGCCUGUCUGGUUCUCUCCUCAACAACACCCAUUGGCAAAGAAUCCCGAGUGAUAGAAAAACUGGACUGCAUGCUAAAGAGGAAUUUAUACCCAGCCGCACACUUACCAAAAGCCACUUUGAUCAUGUUUGUAACGGAAAAGAAGGAUAUAUGUUCCCAACAGUAACUUCCAGCAUCUUCUCUCAAUGCUGGAUGUCAAACUGACCCUUCAAGGCGAAAGGCUGUGUGUCUCUCAUUUCCAAUCCUCAACUCAGCUUGGUUUAACUGUGCCGCUUGUGUUUCUGGAAGAAGCUAAUCCGCUGGAUAAGACAUGGAUUUAAAAAGAUAUUAUAUGGGGGCCAGUUUCACCGCAGGCAUAAGGAGCGGCUAGGCAGAUGCAAAGGAGUUAAAGGAAAAGUUGGGGUUGCAUACUUCCCUACCCCCAACUCUGUACCCUGCUGAACAUGAUAGUGGCACAAGAGGCAGAUUCAUUAUGGAACUUAGUAUGUCAGCUGUCUCUAAUUCAUGGGCACAAUGUGCCCCUCUUUCGGAGGGAGCCCUGGCCCUAAAUCUCACCAUUGUGCUUGGGUGAAUUUGUAAAUUCUGAACGUUUUUAGAGAUCACGGUGUGUUGUGACCAACCAGAUAGAUGGGUUCUAAUGGUGUUUUUUGGGUGGGGAAAUGUGUGAAGUCAGCCUUGCACCCCCCACGGAAGUGAUUUCCUCAUGAACACGCUGCGAUCCUUUCAACUGCUUAAAUGCAAAAUAAACAUGCCAGUUUUCCUCUCUCAAGUACUGGGAGUCAGUGGGUAGUUGCUCGUGCAAAUAGCAAUCCAAAGCAGAAAAACAAAAAACAAAAAUGGAUGUGGAGACCACACACAGAAAGACCAUCUUAAGUUUAAAGUGGUGGGGAGGGCGGUGUUUCAGCUGCGGGUCUGCCUCCCUCCGGAGCAAAGAGUCACAAACACUUUUCUUUGUCAAGAAGCUUCGACAAAAGCGAUGUUUUCAUAGCAAUAGCUGCAUUUGGUCCUUCCCCUUUAAGCUGCUCUUCCCCAUCCCGCUGGUGUCUUUGUCCUAAGAGAGAGCUAGAGAUUCUUUUGCCAUUGAAUUUUAACCUUUCAUCCCUGCCCAAGUUGGACUGGGCAGGAGACGCAAGCCAGGAUACGGGGAGUGUGAACAAGCUAAGCUUUCUUUCCCUAGGGAGACCAAAAAAGUGUAACUUGGCUCGGCGUGAGAAUUUAAUUCAUCCAGCGGCAGCGGUUUCAUUGAGUUAAUGACGGCUGUGAAACUGCUGGCGGAGCUCCAGCUCCCAUGAGUAGUAAAGUGAAAACUCCGACAUCCGCAAGAGCUGGCUGGGAUUAGUCAAAGCUCCGAGGCGAAGGGUGACUUUAAUUACCACCUUCAGAAUUAGGGAGUCAGGCAGUCAAGGGCUGCUGACCUUAAUUAUUCUGUUGCAAACCUUGGGAGAUUUCUAGAAGCUAGAAAUUAUGAAACAUAUACUAAAACCUUGGAAACCCCGCCUUCCAUUUCCUUUUUUAAAAAAUGAUUUUUUAUUUUAUUUUACAAGCGUAGAAUUAUAACAAUACCAAGUAAAUAUCUGCAUUUAGAGAUUUCUCUGAACCUCCAGACUUCCCACCAUGGGUCUUAUUGUCAACAUUUUCAACUGCAUAUUAUUUCGUAAUCCAUAUUUCGUAUGCAUCCAUAUUGUCCAUAGCGAUUGUUACAUUACAAGCGUUGUUAAAAAAUCCUACUAAUGUUUUCAUCUGCUUGCAGUGGUCUCCUAAAUAAAUUAGAAUUUUUUCCCGUUCUUUCUUAAAGUUUUUGUCUUCUUGGUUCCUGAGUUUUCUGGUCAGUUUUGCCAUUUUGGCAUGGUCCUUUUAUUAACAGAGUUCAUUCCUAUGGUUGGAAAUAUUUGAUGCAGUCCAUCAAAGACUAAGAAUAUGUACAGCAAGUGCAAACAAGCUGUUUCCACUCUCUUUCACACACCGACUUCACAUCAGAACUCCUGCCUCACUUCUCGUAAUAUCCCCUUACCUUGGGGGAUCGCCUCAAAUAUUCCAGCGAGGUUUUUGGGUUCCAGGAGACAUUUAAAUACUUCCAUGAAAAUAUACCAGCUGAUCAUUCUGGGCUACUAGCUUUUCAGAAGUAUGCUAGUACAGAAGGAUAGCAUGUAUGAUACCCCAUAUUUUUCUCUCCUGCCCAUGCAGCUGGCUUCUCUGUCAAAUAUUUCACAUUAUGGCCUCAUCCUAGAAGUCGCUAAGAUUGCAGCUAGGCCUAGGAAGGGUGUGCCGUUUAUUCUUUCUGUUGUGCUGCCCUAGAUAGUUACAACUGCUUAGUAAAUGUCAAUAAUAUUUUAAAAAUAAAUUUUAUUUUUGCAUUUUUUAUUUUACAUAAAAAAAUGAAUACAUAAACAUAUAAUCCCUUCUGACUUCACCCCCCUCAAUGGUGGAUCUUAAUGUACAGUGGUACCUCGGGUUACAUACGCUUCAGGUUACAUACACUUCAGGUUACAGACUCCGCUAACCCAGAAAUAGUGCUUCAGGUUAAGAACUUUGCUUCAGGAUAAGAACAGAAAUCGUGCUCCGGCGGCGCGGCAGCAGCCGGAGGCCCCAUUAGCUAAAGUGGUGCUUCAGGUUAAGAACAGUUUCAGGUUAAGAAUGGACCUCCAGAACGAAUUAAGUACUUAACCCGAGGUACCAUUGUACUGAUUUUACCCUCUGCAUCUCUAUCAUAACUCUAUUUUUAUAAAUCCUUUGUCAAUCUAUAGUUCAAAUUUUGACUACACGUUUUCUGUCAAUCCUACCAAUGUAUGUAGUUGUUUACAAUAGCGUUUCAAAUAAAUUAUAAACUUUCUCUAUUCUUUAUUAAAGACCUCCUCUUCCUGAUUUCUAAUUCUUCCUGUAAGUUUUGCCAUUUCGGCAUAGUGAAUCAAUUUUGUUUGUCACUCUUCUUUGGUCAGAGUUGUAACAUCUUUCCAUUUCUGAGCUAAGAGAGUCCGCACAGCCGUGGUCGCGUACAUACAGUGGUACCUCGGGUUAAGAAUUUAAUUCGUUCUGGAGGUCCGUUCUUAACCUGAAACUGUUCUUAACCUGAGAUACCACUUUAGCUAAUGGGGCCUACCACUGCCGCCGCACUGCCGGAGCACGAUUUCUGUUCUUAUCCUGAAGCAAAGUUCUUAACCUGAAGCAACGCACAAUUUCUGUUCUCCUCCUGAAGGAAAGUUCUUAACCCGAGGUACUAUUUCUGGGUUAGCAAAGUCUGUAACCUGAAGUGUCUGUAACCUGAAGCAUCUGUAACAUGAGGUACCACUGUAAAUAGUUUCGUCUGGUCUUUCGGGAUCUCUGGUCCUAUAAUACCUAAAAGAAAAGCUUCUAGUUUCUUAGGGAAGUUAUUUUCAACAUUUUUUUCAGUUCCUUAUAUAUCAUUUCCCAGAAGUCUUUUUUCAUCUUACAUGACCACCACAUAUGAUAAAAAGUACCAUCUUUUUCUUUACAUUAAUAAAUGUUAAUAUCAAGGCACAGCAUAUCACUGGUCCAGCCUUUGUGAUCCCAGUUUUAAAAUAAGGUCACAAGUGGAACAGCAGCCUACUGAGACUGACUCUUCUACUCACCCUGGGCAGAACAUCGAUCACUGGCUGCAACUAAAGUGGAUUCAUAAUUGCCCAAUACCAUGGAGCUUUAUGUAGUUCAGAGAACCCAGAAAACUUACCAAGUGUAUCAUCACAAAAGGCUAAGAUGUCUGACAUGAAGUUUGAAAGCUGCAGUUUGGGGAGAAGGAUCCUCUCCUGCUGUCAGACAUUUUGGAUCCAAUGACCACUUUUCUUUCAAAAUUCCCUAUGCUUUGAAAAUCUGAAUAGGUGAGCCACACCAACUGCAUAGGAAAUCUCUGGAUUUAGGGGGCAGAAAGUGUGAGGCAGCUGUAGUCAGAGGGAAAUGCUGCAAUGACAGGGGGCGUUAAAGGAAGCACAACGGGGUCCACAAUCUACAUUAAGCUGAAGUACGGACAGGCCCUAACCUAGGUCUGUUACUUUCAAUGGGUCUACCAUGAGUAAAACCUAGUUGGAUCCAAUCUUAUUGGCUAGUGUUAAGGGGAGUUGGAGUCCUAGAAUAUCUAGAGGGUCACAGAAUCCGCAUCCUGGCCCUAAACCAGUUCUGGGCUUGGAAAAAAAAUUGUAAAAUUAAUUGAAAAUAAAAUAAAAUAAAGCUUCUGAUCUCCUCUUUGUGGCUUAGCUGAAAGAAAGGGGGAGCCGGAGGCCAGCCUUAACUCGAUCCCACAGCUAGUUAGUCAAAUUUAUUUGUUAGAAACCAUUGGUUAUUGCAUUCCCAUUGUGCAAAGUGUUAGGACCAAAUCAAGAGAAUCACAAAGGGAAAAAGGGAUUUCAGGAAUGCUUCUCAAAAUGAGCUAUCCCAGAUUAGCACCACCUUCCAAACAGGCUGAGACCCUACCUGCCCGCACACUGUCUUGCCAGAGUGGUGCAUGUGCUAGUUAUCUCCCGCUUGGACUACUGCAACACACUCUACAUGGGGCUACCUUUGAAGGUGACUUGGAAACUACAAUUAAUCCACAAUGCAGCUGCUAGACUGGUUAAUUGGAAUGGCCGCCGAGACCAUAUAACACCGGUCCUGAAAUACCUACAUUGGCUCCCAGUACGUUUCCGAGCACAAUUCAGUGUUGGUGUUGACCUUUAAAGCCCUAAAUGGCCUCAGCCCAGUAUACCUGAAGCAGCAUCUUCACCCCCAUCAUUCAGCUGAGGUACAGCGCCGAGGGCCUUCUGGUGAUUCCCUCACUGCGAGAAGUGAGGUUACAGGGAACCAGGCAGAGGGCCUUCUCGGUAGUGGCACCCGCCCUGUGGAACGCCCUCCCACCAGAUGUCAAGGAAAUCAACAACUAUCCGACUUUUAGAAGACAUCUGAAGGCAGCCCUGUUUAGGGAAGUUUUUAAUGUUUGAAGUUUUAUUCUGUUUUUAAUGUUCUGUUGAAAGCUGCCCAGAGUGGCUGGGCAGGGUAGAAAUAAAUUAUUAUUAUUAUUAUUAUUAUACACCAGAGGCAAGGGGCCUACUCUCAAAUGGCCCAGUGGUUUCCUUUCCAGCCUUCCCUUACAUACUAAUCAAACAAUUGGGGGCUUCCCCCAUGAAUUUCAUUCCGCCCCCAUUUUCCCAGCCCUGAAAUCUCUCCUCUUGCUCAUUGAUUUUGUUUCGCGCUCUCUGCAGUCCAGAAGGCGGACCUCACCGGGGAUUCCACAGUGGCCACCAUCAACCACUCUCUGUCAUUGCUGCAGCGGUUGCAAGAGCUCCUGCAGAACGGCAACGCCAGCGAUACCACCCUGCGGGUGCACACUGCCGGCUCGGACGAAAUCAAAGUCUUCCACACCCACCAGCUGAUGCUCAGCUUGCAAAGUGAGAUCUUUGAGAGCCUCCUGCACAACCAGACCAUGAUCACUCUGCACGAGCCGCCGGACAGUGCAGCCCUUUUCGAAAAGUUCAUCAGGUAAGAGGCUGAGCUCACUGACCUCAUCUGGAUGGUCUUAAAAAAGGAGUGAAUGAGUCCCCUUCCUCGGUCCUGUUGGUUCUCUCUUUUUUUUAUAACUAUUUUUUAUUAGAUUUUCCAUCAAAAAAAACAUUUUUACAAAAUUAUACAUCCAUUUUUAACUUAAACCCUUUUUUCCAGAACUUCCCUCAGCUUGUCUGAUAAUUUUCCGUUUAUUUUUUUAUCCUCGUCUCACAUUUCCCAAUAUUAUACUGCACUUAAAUACUCUUAGUCACAUCAUAUUUUUAAUACAAUAUUUCUAAUAGUAAUUUCACAGAGCUUCUUGAAAGCCAACAAACAUUAUUUGCUCAUCACAGAAAUUUUUGAUAUACUCUGUAAAUUUCUUCCAGUCCUCGGAGAAUCUCUGGUCACGUUGGUUCCUAAUUCUCCCCGUCAAUCUGUCCAUUUCGGUCCUGUUGCUUCUCAGCUGGAGGAGCUGUAGUUGCCCUCUGCUCUCCUUCCAUCUCUCUCCUAAGAACCUGGCUGAACCUUUUUAUGCAGUCCUGGGAUGCAAUAUUGCAGGGUAGCCAACACGAUGUUUUCCAUUAUAUUGCUGGACCUUCUUGGACCAUUGGCCAUGCUGGCCAAGUCAAAUUGGAGUUGGAAUCUAACAUCUACGUUGGCAGCCCCUGCACUUUUGCCUAUAAUAAGACAACUGGAAACACAGCUUGCUGAGAAAUGUAUUCUAAGAGGACAGGAAAUGGAAUAGAAGGAAAAUUCAGUAAAGUCUACUGAAAUGUAACCUGUCCUUCAGUUCUGUGGCAUGGCGUGUGUCCGAUUUGCAAGCUGGGAGAAACCAGAAUGGGGCUUUUGUGGCUGAGAGCAAAGGGAGUGAGGCUGGAAUCCCAAGAUCAAAAAGAGACAGAAAUGUUGGAGAUGUGUGAUCUCCAUACUCUCCAACAUUUCUCCGAUGAAAAUAGGAAUGCCCUAUUCAAUAAUAAUACAGUCAAACCUUGAACGUAAUCUAUUCUGGAAGACAAUUUGACUUCCGAAAUGUUUGGCAAAGUCAAUGUGGAAAAAAGAAAAAAACUCCCCGGAAGCCAUUCGACUUCUGAAAAACAUUCGAAAAUAGGGUUGCCGGCGUCCGGGAGCCAAAAUGUUAGAAAACGGAGCCAUUCAAGAACCAAGGUUUGACUGUAAUAAUAAUAAUUUCAUUAUUUAUACCCCACCCAAGUUAAUUUAAAACCAGCCAAGUGGUGGUCUCAUGCAAUGCCAAGAAGUUUGUAUACUACCCAUCUCAGUAGCUAACGCAGUCUAUUAAAAAUAAAAAUAAAAAAACCAUGAAAACUGUUGAGAGAAGAAAUGUCACCAAGAUGAAUGAUGAUUGUGUCCCUUCUCUAGAUAUCUGUACUGUGGUGAGAUCUCCAUUCUCCUCCACCAAGCCAUACCGCUUCACCGACUAGCCAGCAAAUACCGUAUCUCUAGCUUGCAGAGAGGGGUAGCUGAAUACAUGAAAAACCAUCUGGCCAGUGAGUCGAACCAGGGCCACGUGGUGGGCUGGUACCACUACGCAGUGAGGAUUGGGGACGAGGCUUUGCAGGAGAGCUGCCUCCAGUUCCUGGCCUGGAACCUCUCAGCUGUGAUGAGCAGCGCCGAGUGGGCCUCGGUGAGCGUCGAUCUCUUGCUGCUGUUGCUGGAACGAUCCGACCUGGUUCUGCAGAGCGAGCUGGAGCUGUACACAGCCGUUGAGGAGUGGGUGGUCACACACCAGCCCGAGGACUAUGUCGUGGAGAAGAUGCUGAGGUCCCUGCGUUACCCUAUGAUCUCCCCCAGCCACCUUUUCCACCUGCAGAAGCAGUCUCUGGUGAUGGUGAAGCACUACAACGCUGUGCAAGACCUGCUCUUCCAAGCCUUCCAGUUCCACUCGGCCUCCCCGAUCCACUUUGCCAAAUACUUUGACGUCAACUGCAGCAUGUUCCUUCCCCGAAACUACCUCUCCACCUCCUGGGGUUCUCAGUGGGUGAUUAACAACCCAGCCAGGGAUGACCGCAGCACCAGUUUCCAGACUCAACUGGGGCCCAGCAACCACGACUCUGCUAAGCGCGUGACUUGGAACGUUCUGUUCUCCCCACGUUGGCUCCCGGUCAGCUUGCGUCCCGUUUACUCGGACUCUGUCUCGGGGGCCAUUCAGUCUAUCAGGAUCGAGGACGGCCGCCCCCGCCUGGUUAUCACUCCGGCCACGACUAGCUCCGACUUUGCCGGAGUCAGUUUCCAAAAAACCAUCCUGGUGGGCAUGAGGCAGCAGGGCAAAGUCUUUGUCAAACAUGCCUACAGCUUCCACCAGAGCACAGACGAAGUGGCCGAUUUCCUGGUGCAUGCCGACUUACAGAAGCGCACCUCCGAAUACCUCAUCGACAACUCUCUGCACCUGCAUAUCAUCAUCAAGCCUGUCUACCAUUCGCUGAUCAAAAUCAAGAAGUAG